ACCGCUGAUUAUAUAUACGAUAAUGUGAUGUAUGAGACGGUGAACGGCACUAACGCCACAAUUAAUUGGUCGGAACCGCUUGAAUCUAACGGUGCCGUCAUUUCAUACGAUAUCCAAUAUUUUAAAUCCACAGAAUUUACAGAUAAAGCGAAAGCGGAAUACGGCGACAAAAUAUGCCUGAAUCAGUGGCAGUAUUUGCUAAAUAGAAACAGUUUUACGAUGACUGGUCUGGACCCGGGCACCAACUACUCGUAUAGAGUGCGGGCUAACUCUAUACACGGUACGGGGAACUGGACUACAAUUCACACAUUCACUGUACCCGGAGACACCAACAUAAUUGUCUACAUCACAGUCGGCAUGUCUGUCGUGUUGAUCACAUUCGUACUGUUGGCCACCCUUUGCUACAUACGGGCCCCGCGAAAGACCAACUCUCAGUUGGACAUCAUAUCCGUGAAUCCAGAAUACGAAAAGUUUAUCGUUGAUCCGGAAUGGGAGGUGCGAUCGCAAGACUUGAAAAAGUUUCACGUGUUAGGCGACGGUGCGUUCGGACGGGUAUAUUAUGGGGAGCUGCGGAAGAAUAAUAAGACAAUCGGAUGUGCGGUGAAGACAUUGAAUCAAAACAAAGGUGUCCAACACAGGGACAACUUCCUCAAAGAGGCCAAUAUAAUGAAAUCGUUUGUCGACUGUCACCAUAUCGUGAAACUCAUUGGUAUCGUAUCGAUCGAGAACCCGGUGCUCGUACUCAUGGAAUAUAUGGUGAACGGAGAUCUCAAGAAUUAUUUGCGACUCAAUCGACCCGAUAGUGAUGAGAACCCGAACCCCCGGGUGCCCACUUGGAAUCGGAUCUUUCAAAUGGCAAUAGAGAUAUCGGACGGAAUGGCAUACCUGGCUGCCCGGAAGUUUGUGCACCGGGACCUCGCCGCCAGGAACUGUAUGGUGGCCGAGGACUUGACCGUCAAAAUUGGUGACUUUGGUAUGACUCGCGAUAUCUAUGACAACGACUAUUAUAGGAAAAGAGAUUGCGGUUUAAUACCUGUCCGUUGGAUGUCUCCCGAGUCCCUAAAGGACGGAAUGUUCACAACCUAUUCGGACAUAUGGGCCUACGGUGUGGUGUUGUAUGAAAUGGUGACUCUGGGGGCUCAACCAUACCAGGGCUGCAGCAAUGAAACGGUUUUACAGAAUGUAAUUAAAGGCUAUCGUUUGCCGGAACCGGAAAAUUGUCCCAAAAAGCUUUGGAAAAUAAUGCAAUUUUGUUGGCGUAAACAUCCAAAAGCCAGGCCAUCGUUCAAUGAAAUCACUGAAUUCCUGUUGCCGACGGCCAACCAGUCGUUCCGCGAAGUCUGUUAUUAUCUGAAUAACAGCCGCAAGUCAGUCAUCAGCACCAGAACCGCCAGCAGAAUGAAGAAGUCGUGGUACGCGUGGUUACCCACCAAUCGGCUCAUACUGAGCGACCUGAAGCUGACCCCCGACUUCGUGGAUGACCCGACACAGUACUGUCCGAUGAGUCCUGUGCUCAAUGAGGACCAGAACUCCGGCGGCACUGAACUGACCGCCGCUGACGAAGAGCUUAAGGAACAACAGAUAAAGAUCUUGAAUAAAAUCAAUGAACAAAAGACUAUUGAUAGGGAAGGGGUUAUUAAAGGGUUGGAUAAGAAAUGUGUGGACAUUAUUGAUGAUAAUCUGAAGCCACAGAUCAAUGAGAAUGAAGUGAAUGACUACGAGGAAGGGAAACAAAAACUGAUUGUGUGUUUGCAGUGAAUGUUUGGUUUGGUUUUUGAAAUGGAUUUUAAUUUUAUUUGGUUUUUGAAUUCAAACUAUAGUUUCCUAUGUUUGCCAUAAAUAUGUUGUGGAAUAGGAUUGCGAUUAUGUUUAUACCUCCAAGUCUUAGAGCUAAACGUAUUGUUUGCUAAUAAUUAUUAAUUUAAAACGUAAUCCAAUCCUAAAUCCGUGAAAUGAUCUGAAAAUAUCUCUUCAUAUAUUAUAUUAGAUUAAAGUCAGAAAUGCAUUAUACAUAUCAACACCACAUACCAGUCCCACUCCUAUCCUACCUUAUUCUCAUUGCUAAUCACUCGAGUCUCUCGUUUAUACCUCACAUAAUAUGUGAACAAUAUUUCAUAAUUUUGAAGAUUUUAUCUCUUUUUUGUGGGAAACAAAUGUUUUGAACAGAAAACCACUUUUUGUAUUAAUAUAUUUUGAAUGUCUUUAAAGUUAUACACAAUUCAAUUGAACAUAAGUUUUUCUCGUUUUAUAAAACAUGGCAUAAUAUAAAAGUUGUUAAAAACAUGUGAGAAAUACAUUAUUAUAAUUAUUAUUAAUUUUAGUUCCGAUUAUCUAUUGUUUGGUCAC